CAAAAGCGAAACAAAUUGCAUCUGUUAUUCAUUCACUCAGCUGCUUCCCAUAUAAAUACAACGAAAAAAAAACUAUACAAAGGAAUUUACGAAACCGGGUCUGGCCACCCCAAGUCCCUAACCCGCAUUGCUCGCUUCGCUUCGCGGUAUUUUGCCUUUACCCAACCAGUCUGCCGCCGCCUCUCGUGGCGAACGAAUGUCGCGUCCGUGCAACACCGAAUUGUUGUCAAACGAUAAAAAUAAAUACGACAUGCAUUCAUGAAACAAACUGUUAAACAAGCAAGUGCACUAAAGACUGUUAUGGUUACAAACCAUCAAGUUGUAACAACAGACUGUUUUGAUAACAUACCUGCGGCCAACGAUUGUGCAUCGAUUUUACCGAGAAAAGAAUACGAGGAUUGAAGUGGUUACAAAGUGAUUUUGUGCCCCAAAGGAGGCUGAGUGAUUAUGAUCAGUGCAAACAGUGUUAUUAGUACAAACUUAUACGUGAAAUUAAGAAAAAGAUUGUUAUUGUUAUAAAAUUGAGAAGUUUGUGUGAUUAUUUUUGGAUUAACGCGCGUAGGCUAACGUUGCCCACGCCGAUUCUAAAUAUUGCGUUUUGAGUCAACAGUUCAUGUAAUCGUGCGAGAAGCCUAGCCAGUGCGGCCCUUCGUCAUUCGAUUACCUGCAAAAAUGAUGUGGCCGGCGUCGCAAGCGAGUAAAAUACUCACAUUUCUGCUUCUAGUCAUCGUAGUGUACUGCAUUUGUAUGGACACAUUCCUGUUUCUGAGGAUACAGAACUAUAAAAUUGAGGGCUUCGAUGUCACGACGAAUGUAACACAAGAAACUUCAACGAUACAACAGUCAAGGAAUUUGCCGAACUACGAGGAUGUAACGUGGGUUCCUUGCACCAUAAACCCUUUAUGUCAUCCUACGGUGAAAGCGCUUAUGGUGGACCAUAUCAAUCACUACAUUUAUGGGCCUUUGUGCGCGAUUGUCGAUGUGGGCCUAGGCAUUUCUGAGAACUGGCUGUUUAUAACGCCGAACAUGAUAUCCUUCUUCCAUGUUUUGGUCGCAGUUAUUGGCGCGAAACUGUUGACGUGCCCGAACUUGGCAUUCAGAAGAGUUGCCAUAGUUUUAUUCCAAAUUCGAAUGUUUUUGGACGAUUUGGACGGUCAUGUGGCGAGAGAAAGGAAGCAUAUAAAAGGAGAGAGGUCUGAUGUUGGCAGUUUGGGUUACUGGGUCGACGGGAUUUGCGACUUGCUUGGAGUCAUUGCAAUGAUGAUCGGAAUAACGUUAUAUUUACGGAACAAUCCGCCGAGAAGAGGCUACAAGAACACGCCAGCCAGCACUCUCCCUUACCAUCAGUUGAAAGAAAUAAAUUCGACAGAAGACAUAGAAAAGGAUCAUAACACAGACAAUGGGAUUUCCUAUAAAACUAAAGUGACCUUCCAAAAAAUAGCUCAAGUGAUUUGCCUGUUUUCGGGACAAAUGGUGCUAUCGUCGUUAGCUUGGAACAGAUACAUAGAUAUUUAUCAGGAUCUGUUAGAGAAUUGUACUGAAUACGAUGCUAUUAGACGUGAGACAAUGUUUAGAAGUGGUAAGUUUUUCUUUACGUCUGCCAUUUGGAGGAUAAUGAACCCGCAUAGUUACCUUCACGUGUUGUCCUUGGCAGUAUUUUGUGAUAAAACCUGGUGGUUCUUGAAGACUGUACAUUAUACCGGGUAUUUAGGACUAGUGGUAGCAGUUGGUACGUCUGAAUAUUUUAUAGAUAACAUUAGAGCUUAUGUAUUGAAUAUGGUCGAAGGACGAUGAUUGUUUAAUUAGAAAUAAACGCGUUUAAUCAUUGAUAAACUGCAGGUGCUCUAUGAGAUAAAACUAAACUUUGUCUUAAAGAUAAAUAUGAUAAAAAUUUGAGUCCAAAAUACCUGUAACGUUCUGAUAAUUCGGUGGAACCUAAUUUUAGAAUGGUUACGAAAAUAGAUGUUUUGGUUGUUACUAAUGCCGACUGUUUCAAUGGCGGUUGUAUUGUCUAUAGUUUUAGAACCGACAAAGUGGUUCGAAUUUAGAAACAUACCAUAACUAAAUUGUUGACUGUUUGGAUAAAUUGUGGGUGUUACGAUUUUUGAAUGAAAUUGAUAAGUUUAAUUAUUUAUAUUACAGAAGUUGUUGCGAUGAUUUUUCACAUAGGUAAAUCUAUCGAUUUUCUAAAACUUUUUUAUCUUUGGUUGCUAUAAAUGGAAUAGCAGACAAAACUGAUUACCUUAUCUCUAGUUUUAUAACCCCGGCAUGGGGCUUUCAGUGUCUAUCGUUUCAUUUUACGCAGACCCGAAUAAUAUCGUAAAAAUUUCAUGUAAAAAUCUACUACGUGGAUAGCAUAUGGAAAAUAUAACAAAAUUACAAUUCAAAUGCAGCAUUACAAACAAAGUUAGGUUUUAAGGAAAACUGUGAAUACACGUAAAAAUGAUUAACUCACACAUUUGUUAUAAUAAUAAAAAUAACAAUGCGGUAUAAUAUACAUGGAAACAAGAUGUUUGGGUCAUAUUAAUACCUAGACCAAGAACCGAUUAUUUUUUACUACAAACCAUACUUCAUUCUGCAGUUACUGAAAAUUCUUCUGGUCCAUGUACGUCUAUUCCAUUCCAUUACCAUGAAAUUAUUUUCGUAAAUAAACAGAUGAAGAUCCCUUAUACUAUUUUUUUGUAUUUUCGUUUGGUCUAAACCCAUUACAAAUGAAUACAUUGUCUUUGUCAUUGUCACCUUUAGAUAUUAAAUUAUUCCCUUCUUCACUCAACAAUGAGUGUAUUAUAAUCAACAUCCUUUCUUUUUGAUGUGGGAAGUCAUCAAAUGAUCUGUGUCAGACUCUUACUGACUAAAACCCACCAUGUUCCUUCUUAAGCCCCUUGCCUACCAGGACCGCAGUAACUCUUUCGAACAAUCCCGCAGCCUACAAAAUCCUGACUGAUGUAACAAAAAUAUUGGUCAAAGACAGAGGAUGUGGCCUUUUAGCAACAAAAUUAAACGUUGUUCCCGGCCAUUGAAGACUACUUACAAAGACUAUUGUCUGUAGUCUAAUGUACAAUGUUUAAAUACAAUAGGGCUAUUAAGUUUUUGGAGCGUAAACUUGGUGCAUUGUGCGUUAUUAGUUUGUAAUCAGCUGCCGGAGACUUGAGACUGUAGUUUUCGAAGAUGUGUUAUUUGGAAAAGUAGGACUUAUAAAAAUAUGAAUUUGGACGGAAAUAUCUCCCAAAGUCGAGAUCGUCCUCUUAUGCAAGUUUGCAAAGUUUUUAGCAGUCCUGAGGGAAAUUGUUCUCGUUCACAGAUAAAAGGUUUAGGUUCUAUUCUAUCCGUUAACUAAUGAAUCGGUUCAGUAGUUGUGGCUUUAAAGCUCGACAGACAUAUAGACAGACAGACGCACUUACUUAUGCAUUUGUAAUGUUAGGACCAUCAAUUUGUUUAUCAUCCUGAGACAUAUUAUGAACCCAUUACUUAAUGCAUCCUAUGACUUCACUACUUAAUUGAUAUGCAUUAUACCGUCAUUAGAUAAUGCAUUUCUUAGUAACUGCGUUUCGUUAAUUAGAAUUUAAUAACUUAUCGGUAUUCUUGUUUUGUUAAUGCCAGCGUCAGAAUUAAUGGUUUUAGUCGACUGCUUUAAUCUACAUCAAUUUGCCCAUUAAAUUCAUAUUAGUUAGUUUAUGGCUAUUGUUUUGUUUUCAACGGUACUCCGUUAAUUUUUCUAAGAACCUAUUAAAAGUCUCCAUCUUAGGAAGUCCAAAUAUUGAUAUUAGAGCUACAAUCUCUUGGUUUCAAGCGCCACCUGGAGGAACAUCUUUCCCUGCCCGGAUAAAAUAUAGCCUGCAUAUGUCGGGAAUAGUGUGGUGUAGUUUUCCAACAGCGAAAGAUUUUUUGAGAUCGGUUUAGAAGUUUCGUAACCUUAAGCGUACAAACAAAAUUAACUUCCUCUUUAGAAUAUUAGUUUGGAAGUUUAGAUGAUAUUGUGCAAUAGACAUUAUCCUUGAAAUUAAGGUUAUUGAACUUAUACGUUUCUCGUUUCGACAGCCGUAGAAGUCGUUAAGAAUUCACAAGAGGAUGUAUUUUCAAAACGGUUUGACUUGGCCAUGUUGAAUUGCAUACAAAUUUUGUUUGUUAUGUUGAUUUUGUAUUAUUUUUUCUGGUAGAUCAGAUGGAGUACUAAUAAAGUCUGUUUUUAGUUAGCCAUACUCCAUGAUUGGAUUGGAUGGCCUUGUGUUAUUGGUUAUUAUUAAAUGGCUUAACAGUAGAUUAUGUUACUCUGCUAUAUUAUUAAAACUAUCUCUAGGAUUUCUUGUUAUGCUAAUGACAUCCAUUUUAAUUACCUAUUCACUAAAAAUCUUUGUAUUAUUAGUCUUAUCACAGACACGGUCAGAGAUUUCUAAAUAAUAACUAUGGUCUUAGUUGUUCGUCUUAGGUUCAGUUGUUAUUUCGUCCAAGUCUGUUAUGUUAAUAAGAACAAUUGUAAGCUAAUGCUAUUUGGUUUUGCUUCAAGAAGCCCAGACUUUUAAGUUUUUAGCUUGGAGCUAGAUUGCAUCAUAUCUAUUUCAAAAAUAAAAAUAUCCAAAUCUAUUUUUUGCAAGACACGCUAAAGCUCUUUUCAAAAAUGAGGAUGACGAAAUGAUCGUUCUUAAAACAUGUGCGUGUUCAAAGACUAUAGAAAAGCAAAAUUGCAGAUGCGGUACUGUACCCAAAACAUUGAAACCGUUACCUUUUAACCAAUUUGUUUUAACCUGUCACGCGUAGGAUACUAAACCAAAUCGGCUUUCAGGAAAAAGUAAAUGAAUCGGUUAUUAUGACCCCUAUUUUUUAUUAUUGACGGUUGGGUCAUGAGGAUUUUGAUAAUAAACGCGGGAUUUCCAGAAAGAAAAAUCAUUAUUCGUAGAAUUGCUUUGUAUUAUAUGGUCAGGUAUUCUCGUUAAUACUCCGUGGACCCACUUUUUUGCCCAAAUUAACGUUUUUGUUCAAAAGCCUUGACUCGGGUCAAGUCCAGCCAAGGUUCCGAAGACUUACUCCAAUUUAAUAGUGGUUACAUUGAGAUUUAUAUAAAAACUGGCGUGGGACGUAACCUUGUGUUCGUAAUGAAGUAAUAACAGCCUGAUAUCGAUCAUGUUCAGCGAUCACAAUGGACUCAUGGCCAUUUGGGGUUUAAAAAACUGGCUUUUGAACUGCAGUGUUUUUGACGCAGUAUAAUGAGCUUGUAGUUAAAAAAAAAUCCAUUAUCAAAUGAGUAGUUAAAGGCUUAAAUGUGGUAGAAUUAAACGAACGGAUGCUGGGAAAGAACUAAACUUUAGAAUACAAAAUACAUAGGCCACCAGACAUAGACACAGAUAUAUUCCAAUGCGGUUGCAUCUAGUUACCAAUUUAACAAAAUAGUUAUAGCUCUGUUAAAAUAAAAUGAUCCAGGUGUAGUUUAUAACCCUGUUACACGACUUAUGUCUUCGCAUAAUCUAUCAAAUGAUCUUAUAACUGCAACAGAUGUAUACCACUAUUUGGGAGAUGACUUAAAUCGAGAUGUCACGAAACUGAAUAUAAAGCUCCUAAAGCAAGAAUGAAGUGAUUCAUAGCCAUACAAAAUGUAAAUAGACAGUUGUUCCACAAAUUGGAGGUCAAUAAGUGAUCCCAUCACUUGAAGUGUCGCUCUCUGUUACUUCAUAAGGCUUCUAACAAUAUAAAGGUGUAAGGUUUCACUAUAAUCGCUUCAGAUUAACCUUACAAUUCUCUAUACAAGUGUUGCUUUCAAUGUUAGUAUUGUUUUCAAACAAAUAGAGACAUCAACUGCAGUCGUUAUUUAUUUUAUUGAAGAAUAAUAUUUUAUGGUAAAGUAAUGAUACAAGUGGCUCCUUUUCAAUUUAGUCAUGGUUUAUUUCAGCCGUUUAUCUAAAGACAAUGUAACUUUCUAAAGCUGUAUUUCCUUAUAAGUAUUUUAUGUUAUCUUGAGUCAGUGAGAUGAGUCACGGUACGAUGCUGUGACUACCUUCUGAUGUUUGGCAUUAAGGAUAAACUUAUCUUUUCGAGUAUUCUUCUAAGUUUCUUGUCCAUUUACUGUUCCAUGUUCUAUGGGAGCUUUAUCAACAAUAUCUCUUUCUUUUGUUGUCCCCACAUUAUUCAUAUUUUCGCUGGUAAUAAUAAUAUCUGAUUUGCAGUCAUAACUUCAUAAACUUAUCUGGUGACUCAAUUUACCUGUUUCCUUUUUUACGGUUUUUUUUGCGAUAGUCGAAUUUCCUCCUAUUAAGUGCGCUAUGCUUAUCAAUCAUACAAAAGAGUUUAUUUAAUAUUUUCCUCAAAUUAUUGCAAUGUUUUUAUCAUUAUUAGUUGUUGUUGACAUCGCGAUCUUAGUUAAUCUUCUGCUUAACAGGAUAUUUUUUAUCUCUUACCAAUCAACAAAAAAAAAAUCCCCGUUACUCCUAUCUAUGAGGAAAACCGGAAUUUAUGGAUUAAACUUAAAAAUUUGGAAGUUGAUAAAAUCAUCUGUAGGUACUCGUUUUCUAAGUUCCGUUAAGUAAUCAGCGCGGAAAGAUAAGAAAUUGAUACUUUUUAUUGCUCGCUUAUACUACAGUCAUAAAAGGUAUAUUUUAUUUAUGCUUGGAUACCUUCACGUUUUCGUCUUUCAAGAUUAUCAUAGUCUACAUGGAAGUAUUUCGUUGGGCGAAUUUGAAAUUGUCUCUUGUUCUCAGACAGGUCUUGGUCAAUUUUAUCAUUUUCAUGAUGGGCUCUUAAAUUGUACUGUUGAUCGUUGAAAAAGACUUGUUUAUAAAUAUUACAAUAGAAUUGUGUUUUUGCAUUCAAGAUUCGAAGUAAUUUCCUCAAGAUUAGCUUAGUAUUUUCCUUAAGAUAAUCGAAUAAUUUUUCAAGGCUUUUCCCAGUGCCAUUUAUUGUAACAGUUUUUUUACCAACUAGGUUAAUUUCUAUCAACAAGAAUUGGCUCUCAAGCCUAGCUAUAAUCGUCAUUUGACCUACAAUAGCAAUUUGAGACGGUUUCCGAAUACUUGGGAUUUUCUCCUGCCAAAAUCUACUGGCAUUUUGCCAGGGUACGCCACUUUUAUCGUCCUAUCGACCCUGACUUGAGUAACUUAAUAAUUUUGAGACUUAGGGGAUGAUAUUUUGGAACAUAGCUGUUACACUUGUAAUGUAGUCAAGUCAGCUUUGGGACUAAAAUAUUUUUCUUGGGAAUUACAUUUCGAAGUGCUGGUCAAAGGAUAUGCUUGGUCGGAUUCCAUUGAUCUGCGGUAUUUUCCUUUUUCUUUCUUCGGAGAUUUUUGCAAUUUUUUAGUUUAGUCUUAAUAAAAACCAGUAUGAUUGUUAAAGAGUCAAAAACUUCACCAAAGAUAGUGGCAUCUCUUCGGAGAUUAUUGAUCAAUUACGUGUUAGUCAUCCUUAGCUUAUAAUUGGUGUAAUUGUCAAGAUUGUGACCUCAGACAAUUUUAGCGGCAUAUGUCAUCGAUUUAAUAGACAGGGGCAUUUUUAGACCACAGGAAUUUCGUGCAACCGUCUAGACUUUUGAAUGUUACGGUUCAUGAAGAAAUAAAAGAUCGAAGAUGCAGAUUUUACGUGUUUCGUGUUUUUUGCAGUUUUUUUUUUUCUCUAAAGUUAUCAAGUUUCUGUCUAUUGCCCUUAGCAGCACUUCUUUUGGAUUGUUUUGAUCUUGAUCUAUUAUUAUAUCAUUCGCUGUUCCGUCAAAAUGAAAUUAGCGCCGCCAAAUAUUAUCAUAUAUUAAAUUAUCACCUCAUGAAUGAGGUUAUCCACCUGCUCAAAUAUCGUCUGAUCGAGCUAUUUCAAUAACUAGUUUUUUAUUUAAAUAAAUUCUUGACCUUGGCCGAAGAAAUUUUUGACCGUUUACUUUGCUCACGUGAUUCUAAUCUCUCGUUCAUUUAUGGGUGCUAUUAUUUGGAAAUUCUCUUUAGCUAUUUUUGACGUGGUAGCAAUUUGUCGUAAUUCUGAGGGCUAUAAUUCAAAAUGAUUUAAAUCAAUAUGUUUGAUGUUAGUGCGUGUUGAAAAGGGGUUGUUUUCCAUAGCAGUAAUAGUCUCGCAUGUUUUAAUGACACGCAACGCAUGCAAGGCUUCUUUAUAUUGCGAAUCGAUAGGAUAAAAAUAAUUUACCGUUUGUAAAUAUACUUUUCAGACCUCUCGAUAACCACAUUGUAGUUCCAAAGGCUUUGCUUAUUUUUUUUGUUGUUUUGAAUGUGGGCUUGUUCGGCUGUGUGUUUCGUCUCAAGGUCGUUUGAAUAUUGUAUGGAGAUAAUGAGAUUUCUGAAUAAUAUCGCGAUAAUGGGUUGUCUAUUAUGGCUUCCUAUUAAUUAGUUCGAUAACGUAUAUUGCAUCUAUCCUUUUAUGUUCGGUACUCCAGAAUUGAUUAGAUUUGGGACUUUUGGACUUGUUGCCAUAGUGUGUUUCUAAACAUAUUCGACCAUCUUAAUACUGCAAAAAUUUAAGAUAUCUUCUGCUUACUUUUGCUUAUGGAUAGCAGUUUUUCGGCAUACGCCUACUACACAGAACUAAUCGUUGCUCGUUUUUAACGUGAAGUUGUAAAACACCGAUUGCAGAAUCGAUCCGGUUGAACAAACAAUCUACAUACAUUAUACAUCAAUACUUUACCAUGUAUCUACAAAGUACGGUAAUAAUAUACACGGACAGUCUGACAUCAAUCGAUAGGAGCCUCAUUAUGAGAAUUGAUCCAGCAAUUUACACGGCUAGCUUGGGAAAUUAUAUGGUCGGUUAGCUUGAAGCGUGCGCUUACAGGCCAAUGGCUGUUGUAUAUUAUGUUUUUCUUCGUAAUAAUCUGGUGUAUCAUUAAGCCUGUGUUUUUUAAUUGUUUUGGUUUAUUGGCUUUCCAUAUUAAUUGUUUUUUCCAUAUUAAGUCUUGUUUUAGAUUGAGUAAUUAGGGGUUUUGAUAGACUGUUUUGUAAAAAGAUGUGGGUGAAUCAUGGCAAAUAGAAACUUCCAAAACCUAUUGUCAUUUUUCUUGGCUUUCAAAAAUUCAAAAUUUCAAAUAGUUGUUAAUUUUCUGAAAAGUAUCGAUAUACGGGAUUCCUACAUCAUGUUCCUAACAACCUGUCAUUUUUCAAAAAAGUACGUUAAAAUUUCAAAACCAAAAAUGCUCAAAACGAGUUCCAAACUCACAUAGCUAUAUGAAACAGGUUUGCUGCACAUAAUGAGGUCAUUAGUGACAUUUUGACUCUUGGCCUUCAGAUUGUCACGACCCAGACGAUAUUUGAGACCUUAUUAAAAACACCUUCAAGUACUCGCUUGGAUAAGUUUGAAAGCUCAUAAAAUUACAGUUAUCAAUACAAAAAUGGAUCACGUAUUUCUUGGAGAUAAGGGGCAAUAUACUAAUAGUGGUACAAUAAAAAUAUGUACACAUUACACGAUAAAAAUUACUCAAGUAUUUGUGUAAGUCAUGUUAGUCAUCAAACUACAUGUUUUGUUGUGAUUGUGAAUCAUAAUUUCUUAAUUUUUACAAUGUUUUCCGUGGUCAGGGUAUGACACAUAGAAUUUGUGAAAAAUCGUUAAUCAAUCAUUUUAGUAAUGAUUAGUUUUAUCGGCUGCCAUCGGAGUUCGAAAUAAGCAUUAAGUGAAUAUAAAGGGCUUAUUGAAUAUUUAUCACUGAUCCCUAAUCUAGUAAUGGGUUGAUCUAUACCAUUGUUAAAGUGAGUUUGUUUCAUUGCUUGAAAGCGCUAAUCUCAGAAACCACAGGACCGAUUAGAAAACAAUCUUGCAGUGAUAUCUGAUCGACCAGUAGGUCCAAGUAGGUCCAGUAGGUAAUGAAGGAAGGCUGUAGACUACUUUUAUUCGAGUACACCAUGUAGUUUCCAGGGAACAUCGGCUCAUGACCCCCUAAAAAUAAUGCAAAAUAUGUUCUGGCAUUAUUUUUGCAAACGUGACAUAGACACGGUUAUUUCCGAAUCGGACGUGCGUUGUAAGCUGUAGCCAAUAAAUCCAAGAAAACAGUAUGAAUAAUAAAUAUCCUACAUCCUUCAUCCUUAUUUCUAUCUCUAGGGACUUCCCUCUCGUUGAAAAAAUCCUCAUAUCACUCUAUGAGUAAUACUUUUUUUCUGUUCAAAUAAGAUUAGAUGGUGACUGCUCUUGAGGAGAUAAAAAAAUUGUAUUGUGAAGUUUGCAGUAUUAAGAUAAUGGAUUAGUGUGUGUUUUAUUGAGUAAUCAUUUGAGAGACAUUUCAAGUAUCAAGAUUAUAAUGUUCGGUUUAACUGUGAGAAUAUCGCCUUUGAAGUUUUAACACGUUUUUGAACUUAAGACAGUCUAAUUUUAAUUGUGACUUCGUAAUUGUCUUGUGUCGUAUCAUCGCGUGUGGUAACGUAUUUAUAAUUACUAUUCUCCACAAAUCAUGAGCAUUUUUUUAUUAUUUUAGACUCGGUCAAGACAGUCCUAAGAGGAUGAUGUCAUAAGUUUAAAAUAUUACCUAGUCUGGACCACAAAUAACUGAUCAGAUUUAAGCCCUAAGUUCUGGUUAAUAAAGUCCAGUUCUUUGUUUGUGCACUUGAUAGAAUGCAUUGUUUUCGUCAUGUAGGCAGCAUUUUUCGAAGAACUUUAGCUCAUCCCGCAUUGUUGUAAGCUACGAGAAGCUACAUACAUACUGCAUGAUACAUCAUCGUCAUAACACUUGUAAGAUUUAUUUCCGAAUAUUUUGUAAUCUAUUAUGAUUCAAUUUCAACAUCGAUUAAUAUCUGAAUUGAGUGUGUAUUCUUUUGUGCUUAAAGAGGGUUGGUGAACACCAAUUACGUACAAAUCAAGUUGUAGUUUUGUUUUCGGGAACAAUUCAAACUACUUUUGAUACAAGAGUAUCGCAAUGCCCAUUUUAUUUUUUUGUCUUCAGAACAAAAACACCCAUAAAUAUGCCUAGACCAUUUUUUUGCUCAAACCAUGAAGAGAAAAAGCGUAACUAACGGGAUAAUAGAUCAUUUGUUUACAACCUAAAGGUCACUCAACUCUCUUACAAAUAGGGUUGAAAAUCGCUCGUCUGCGAAUGUAUUUACGCUUUUUCGUGAACAUCGGUAGACAUGUCAUUGAACUGGAAUAUUUUUUCAUCUACCCCCAGCAAAAAAUACAAGUUUUUAUACUGUCUUUGCCAUGGAGAACAAAAUGACUAGCGGAGUUGCCAUAACGGAAAAUCACAUAAGAAAGUAGCGCUCCAAAAUGCGGGGGACAAGGAACGUUGCUGUUUUCGCCCUCAUACGCUUUCUUUGACCCUACGAUGUUUUGUAAUACAAAAAAUUGCUGACAGAUGUCUCAAUGAACCCGAGCGCCUCAUUAGUUCACUUGUAGAUGAUCGUUUUGGUCAUGCCCACAGUACGCAUUUGACCUAGAAGAAGACGCCAGACCUAGUUGCAUUAUGGUAUCUCGGCUCAUAUUUCCUUACUCUCUGGUCUUCAGCCAUUCAUUGCUCUUUAUAAGUAUGGAGGUGCUGACAAACGUUAUACUAAUAUGGACAUGCUCUGUGGGAAUUAAAACUCGUUUUUUUUAUUUGACAUACCAAGUGCUGUUUUUUUAAAAAUGCUGUUUUUAAACCUACUGUUCGGUUUGGGAGACUUGGUUAAUUUGUUAACCAAAUUAUUAUAAUUAUCGUCUGACAAUGACGUUUAAAAAAGUCAUACGAUUAUUUUAUCCAGUUGAUAAUUUUGAGUUUGAUUGAAUGUUUUUUUUUACAUAUUUUCCUUAAAUCGAAUUUGAUUACAUAUUAUAGCAUUUAAUCUAAUUUUACAAUCAAUUAUAUAACAGGAUUAAUUAUACUUAUAUUAAAUUACACUGAUAUGAAAAAUUACACACGAUUUUUCAAAAGUAACAUGAUCUUACUCCACAUUUAUCAAUAUCAUUCAAAAGUCGUACAACCCACAAACAAACAAAGUUUUUUAAAUUCCGAUUACGUCUGAAUUUAUUUGUAUACGUUAUAUUAUGUGUUCUGAUAACCCAAGCCGUCUCGGGCCGGAAGCUUAUAGCGAUCAAGGGCACCGAUUUUGAGGUCAAUCUGUUGGCACCUUUUACUGCUGUGUUUUUUUUUUCUUUUUGUACAUUUUUUGUUUUGAUUUUAGCUGUUACGGUGUUAUGAGGUAAUGUUUCUUGACCCAUUUUAAUAUAAAAAAUAUAUGAAUUUAAAAAUCCACCGUAAUGAAUUCAAGAAACUUAUUCUAAGACCUAUGUUCUGUACCAUAUUUUACAAAAUAAAAUAUCUUCAUCUGUGAAAUUUUGCACGGGGCAUACUAACCUAUGCUACAAAACUACAAACAGAGGUAAAUGAAUAUUGUUCAUUUGCCUGUUUUUAAUAAUUUCUAACGAAUCACCGCAAAAGUUCCCCGUAAUUCAUCCUGCCGUAUCAUAUCUGGAACUCUAUAAGGAAACGUUAAUAAUAAACCGUGACAUAUGUUUCGUUCUCCUGUAAAUGUACUACAAAACAUGUGUAGUUACUCGCAAGUGUAAAGCUUUUAGCCGUUUCAAGGAGAACAAAAGACUAGCGGAGAUGUCAUAACGCAAAAUCUCCUAAGAAAGUAGCGAGUCAAAAUAUUUAUUUAUUUAUUUAUUUAUUUAUACUUUAUGUACAAAAUAGGUACAUUGGCGGACUUAAUGCCUCAAGGCAUUCUCUACCAGUCAACCAUCGGGUUAAAGGGAGAAAAUAAAUAGGUAGUACAAAAACAAAAAAAAGAAAAGAGAAAGUCAUGAAUAGAUAAAUAAAAACAUAUUACAAUACAUAAAUACUUAAUACAUAAUAAUAUAUAAAUAUAUAUUAUACAUACAACAUAAAAAUACAAUAUCAAAUCAAUAAGAGUGACGACGACUCAAUUAGGUAAGGAGUUUAAAUAAUGAUGGCGAACUUUACGCUUAAAGGAAUACUUACUGGGUGCCUUUUUUAUGUCAAGGGGAAGAGCGUUCCAGAGUUUAAUUGCUGAUACAGCAAAAGAAUUAGCCAUAAAUCCGGUGCGGUGACAUGGAAUUUCGAGCAACAAAUUCUCAGAGGAACGCAGGUUACGGCUAUGAGAACUGCCCAAUAACUUAAAAUAAUUUUGAAGAUAAUCAGGAGCACAGGGAUCGUUGAGAAUAGAGAAGAGCAUACAGAGAGAUCUAAGGGAUCUUCUAUGACGAAUAGGCAGCCAUUUAAGCUGAGAACGAAAAGAGGAAACGUGAUCAUAUUUACGAAGGCCGAAAAUAAAGCGUAUGCAGUUAUUGAGAAGACGAUCCAUUUUGUUGAGAAGUUCUUGAGAUAGAUCCGAGUAGCAAACAUCAGCAUAGUCAAUGAUAGGAAGCACAAGAGACUGUACCAAAGUAGUUUUAGUACUGAUAGGAAGGAAAUGCUUGAACCUGUAGAGAGAUCGCAGCGUUAGAGUAACCCUUUGACUUACCUGGUUAACCUGCUUUGACCAACUGAAGUUGCUGUCAAUCAGCAACCCCAAAUCCUUCACCUGUUGCGUUAAGCCUAUUGUUGAACUAUUGAAGACGAUGGGAGUUAAAGAAUUAGUGUCCAAACGGUUUAGGUAACCGGAGCUGCCUAUAAGGAUGGCCUGACAUUUGCCGGUGUUAACAACUAAUCCAAAUUUGUCAGACCACUCUUCAAUAGUUCGCAAGUCAGCAUUAACUAAAGAUAUGCAAUUAUUAAGAUUGCCGACCUCAGUUUGUGCGUAUAAUUGCAGGUCAUCGGCAUACAAAUGGUAAGAGCAUUUUAAAGAGCUAGUGAUGGCAUCAAUAAAUAAAGAGAAUAAAAGAGGAGAAAGAAUACCGCCUUGCGGAACACCAGCCUCCAGAUCACACCAAUCGGAUAAACCCUGAUCAGUGCGAACCACCUGCUGGCGACCACGAAGAUAUGAGGAGAACCAACCCAAUGCUGGCGAUGAGACCCCAAAACGAGACAGGAGGGCAAGGAGAAUAUCAUGGUCAACCAUAUUGAAAGCGUUGGAGAAAUCAAUAAGAACUAAUAAAGUAACCUUUGAAUUCUCCAUGCCCUCCUAACGUCUUCGGUUACCUUGAGCAAGGCAGUGGCUGUACUGUGACCGGGCCGAAAUCCGGAUUGGAAAUUAGAAAGGAGGUUGUUACUGAAUAUGUGUGAUGACAAUUGUUUAUGAACAACUGCUUCAAGGAUUUUGGAUAGAAAGGGAGUAUGGAAAUAGGCCUAAAGUGAUUAAGUGAGCUGGGGUUAUUAAUUUUAGGAAGUGGGAUAAUAAAUGCUUUACACCAAGACGUGGGGAAAACUUCAGACUCCAAGGAAAAAUUUAUAAUAUGAGUAAGGAUAGGCAGGAUAACAUCAAUAAGGAAGGAUAUCAUGAUUCUGCUGACACCGUCACACCCAACCGCUUUGGAUUUGAUGUUAGCAAAUAUUUUACGAACCUCAUCGCCAGAUACAGGGGAAAAAGAGAAAGAAUUUUGAGUGAAUACGGGCAUGGAAGUAAUUUCAGACACGGUUUUAUUUUUUACCGCAUCCGCGAGCAAACAUGCUUUCGAAAAGUGUUUAUUUAGAUCAUUCAGUGAAAAGUUGGAAGAUAAGUUGUUGUUAGGAAUAGAUCUAGAGAUACCGAGAGUUUUAAGAAACUUCCAUAUGUCAGCCGGUGACGAGUUGAGAACAUUUUCACAAAUGUAUCGGCGUUUAGAUACUCUUACCAUCUGAUUGCAGCGAUUUCUGGCCUGCUUAUACAGCAGCCAGUUCUCCUCACAGCGAUCCCUUCUAUAUUUUCUGAAAGCCCGGUCCCGUCGUCUCAUAGCCAUACGAACUCCGGGAGAAAUCCAUGGAGCAGGGGGCCGCUUGAUACGCACCUCCCUUAGGGGAGCGUGCGAAUCAAAGAGACCCAUAAUGUGCCUAUUUAGUCUCUCGACUUUCUCGUCCACUGUCGACGCCUCGACAAUGUCGAGCCAGUCAAGAGAUCUGGCUUCAUCCAACAAUUCCUCCCUAUUCAGCCUAGCAAAAUUACGUAAGCGUACUACAGCGGGCCGUGGCUUGGGUGGUUUAAUUUUAUAUGACAAGUAAAUCAAAUCAUGUCUAGAAAGCCCGGGUGCCACAACCUGACCAUGGUUUGCCACAUACGCCGGCGAAUUCACGAGCAUAAGGUCAAGCCAGGAGUCGCACGAGUCUAAGUUAUGGUGUGUGGGAUUGAGGUCGAGAGAUAAUAGACGAUAGAUAAAAUACGGGUGUACGAGGAUCGUUACUAGCUUCACUCUUACACGCCAUCUACGUAACCCGGCUAUUAUUUUCAAAUUAUAAUCACCAGUCAAUCAAGACCAAUCUUUGACAGAUUGGUUUUGAUUUGACAAGGCACCCGAAUGCCUCAUUAGUUCUAGUAACUGAUCACGCCUACACUUUGACCUACAAGAAGGCGUCUGGCCUACCUCUCUUAUGGCAUCUCCGCUAUCUUUCCUUCCUCCGUGAUCCAUUCAUGCUGUUUUGAGAACCUAUUAAGUUAUCCUCCGUGAGAACUUAAAACAAUUGCAUAAUGGUUACAUCAUGCUUCGAAUUCGUGUCUACAGCACAUAAUAUGUCUGGGAUUCUUGUUUGUAUUUUAAUGUUUUAUGGCCCCUUUAUGGUCAUAUGGUGGUUCUUUGGUCUUUCAUUUAUCAUACCGCAUUAUCCCCCAAUAAAAUCUUUUCGGGUCAAUUUGUUCUCUUUAACUUAUUUUGUAGAAUGAACGUAUAAAAACGGUGUUAAAAAAGCAGGAAAUCGAGUCUGAACUAAUUAACUUCUUGCAAUUAGGUCAAGAAACAUUGCCCCCAAACGAACAAAACGUCCGUGAACGUCCAGAACUGCAUUUUGUGACGCAACCGAACUUUAUACAUACUAUGUAAGAACCGUUGGCGUGUUACCAACACGUGUCAAGCUCUACACAGUAAAUAUAGAUUCUCACUCAAAUUGUUUGCUUAAGGGAGAUGUGUCAAACCAGACCUCUAUUUCGGGUAAUGGCAUUUUAGGCUAUUGAGUUAAAAUAGAACUUAAAGGUAUGAUAGUAAAGUUAAAAAUUGCCGUACAGAAGAGUCAGUCGGUACAAGCCCUAAAACUGUUGAAACAAAAGACUUAUAAAGAGAGAUACGCAAUGCUAAAGGCAGUCGAAAGCCUACCUUAAAACUAUUCUCGAGCUAUUCUCUUUCAACUUGUGAAGAAGAGCUAAGUAUAAAAGUACCUUCAACAGAUCUAAAUAAUUCAACUGCUUUUAGUUUGAAAAGUGUCUCCAACAAACACGAAAAAGAUUCCCAAGUUUUCAAAAUGAAAAUGGAGCUGACCGUGUUUCUUGCUACACGUUUUUGUGGCCUUUGACCGAGGGCAAGUUUUGGCGAAAAUAUUUGUCGUCUGAAAUAGAUUUAUUGGUAAAUAAGUUGCUUUGUCUACGUCAAAUAAAUCAAACCCUAAAAAGGGACAAUAAUGACCAAGUUAGGUUAUUUGCGGAGAACUUUGAUAGUUUGAAAACUUGACACAUCUUCCUUAACUUGUUAUUCUGAGGUUUUAUUCAUAACUUCGCCUUGUUAUUUCGUGCAGGAAUAUUAUAGUGUAGAUUAAUAACGAGAUUGUAUGAUCAUACAAACGCUACAGAUGUCUACACUGCAAUGUCUUUUAACAAACUGACUAUGUUUCAAUCGCUUGAAUUAACGUAAAGAAGUUUUAUUUGAAUUGGCUGCUUUCUUCUUUUGAAACGGAGUUAUUGCAAUGACUUGGAUCAUACGGUCUUUCAUUUAUUGUAUGUAUACUUUGCCUUAUUUGUACCCUAAGCUAUGAAAGUAGAAGAAAUUUUCUGUCUUCUGUGGCGUUUGUAUGAAUACUAUUUUUAUUUGUAAAGUGAUCAAGAAAUGCCUUGUGAUAGGACUCAUUGUGCCAAUAAUGUUCUGGCAUUUAGGAUACAAAUGUAAACGCUAGAUUUUCGACUGAUUUCGGUGUAAGGACUUGUUGGUUGGAUAUUGUAAAUAUUGUCGCUAUUGUUGUUUGUAAGGUCAGUACAUUUUGUAUGUUGAUGUUUUUUGUAAGUAUAGUUUUAGUUUUAUGCGAAUCGUACCCUGUUUCCCGCAGCGGGUCAUUCGCUUUGAGACCAUGAUGUGUAUUAGCAACAAACUUUCUACGAUCUAUUUUAAUUUUACUUUGUAAUAAAUCUGAAAGAAAUAUCUGUCAGAAACUUUAUAAAUUUAUUUGAUAUAGUCCCUGAAUCCAAUUUCGUUUCGAACUAUAAAUCACUAAUUCGCUAAGACAGCUUUUGAAACGGUUGAAAGGAAUUUGCCCGAAUGACGUCACGGGCCCAUUGUAAAAUAUUUUAAGGCCCUUUUCUUUUCUUUUAGCGUUUCGUAAGAAUCUUAUUCUUGUUUGAAUUCUGAGUUCUCUGGAGAUUUUAAGGGCUUUUGUUUCAAGACUUGUGUUAUUUUAGAUGGUCGAGUAAUUUAGUUGAAGAAAAAUUGAAUGGGGGUAUCAACUGUCAAAUAAUUUAAAGUUCUUGGAUUUUGGACGAGUGAAUUGUUAAUAAAUGUAUGUAGUGAAAGGUAUAAUAGGUCCGAAAGUUUGUUACUAAUUCAAACUAAAGUAUUUCAAAAUGCCAUCAUAUCUUAAAUGUCAGUCAUAUUGUAUUUAAUUUUAAAUAACUAGGUAUCUGUGAUUAUUUGUUUAAAGUGCGGGUAGUUUACUUAUAUUAAGAUUUUUUUAAACUAUGUCUAAGGUGAAAAUGUUAAAAGAUAUUUAUUUAUACUGUUGUGUGUGUAAUAUUUUAUGGGACAUUUGAAAUGUGCCUAUAUGAACAUUGCUUAGUUUUAGAAUUUAUUGUAUUUUCCCGUCGAUGAUUGAACAAUAAAAUACAUCGUGUUAAGAAA